UCGCGUGAGACCUCCGCGGUGAUCGGCACAGUCAGCCACUUCGGCCCGACGCCCAUACGGGCGUCACUAUUGUUAAUAGCACGCGUGUUGACGAUGACAGAGGCAAAGAGAAGUGAUAUUCCGUACUUAAACCGUAUUGCUAUCACAGAGACGGCCUCGCUGGACGACGCUGCUCUGUUCGCAGGACAGGAACAUCCAAGCCACACGAGCGGCGUUGAAACAUAAUUAGUCUCCUCCCGGCAAUCCGACAACAAUGCGGCAUCAGCGAUGGUAACCGCUCCCCAAGACCAACAUGUCACGUACCUCCUUCACAGACUUCUCAGACCUGCCAGGCACGCUAGGUCGACCAUCUCCACCCCACUCUCCGCCCCGGCGCAAACACUGGGCCCGGCGGCUCGAGCGAGCCUGUUGCCAAACUCUCGCCUAUAUCCCGCUCCUCUUUGUGUACGGGCUCACGACUUGGGCUGUCUGGGUGGAAGUCACUACCAGCUUUCUUGACACAAGCCUCCUUGGCGGUGCUUCUGCGCCUUCCUGGUGGAAUUUGCUGAAAGCGGGCGCUGGAGCUGCAUUAUGGGCGCUUGCAAAUCUGUCAUAUACUAUUGCCGUGUUCACCAGUCCUGGAAGUACGAUUGAUGAGCGUAGAGAUGCUUCGAAGAGUUCGGGCUGGAGGAAGGGACGGGGCUAUGACGGGUUGCCAACGUAUGCAGAUGAAGCGGAUGGCGAGGCGCAGGUGCCCGAUGGCAUGACUAUGGUGACAGCGAAGAGUACGGGCAAGCCACGAUACUGUAAGAAAUGUCGGACGUUGAAGCCGGACCGGGCGCAUCAUUGCUCGACCUGUGGAAGAUGUGUGUUGAAGAUGGACCAUCACUGCCCAUGGCUGGCCACCUGCGUUGGGCUAAGGAACUACAAGCCCUUUUUGUUGUUUCUGAUCUAUACGAGUUUAUUCUGCUGGGUUUGCUUUGCCAGUUCAGCGGUUUGGGUAUGGUCGGAGAUCGUGGAUGAUGUGCCUCUGCAGGAGGGUAUGCGGGUGGUGAACAUUAUUCUGCUCGCUGUAUUGGGUGGAAUCAUAGGGCUGGUUCUAAGUGCGUUCACUGGCUGGCAUCUUUACCUUGUGUUUACUGGUCAAACGACGAUUGAGAGUCUGGAGAAGACCAGAUACCUUGCACCUGUACGGAAGACCUUGGAGGCUCAGCCGGGCCAAACAUACGUCGAUCACGAUAUGGGUGUCGAUGGAGAGCGAGGCCUCACCGAGCAACUCAAAGAAAUCCACGCCAACGCCCUGCCCGGAAUCCUACGUGCGGAAGAAGGCGAAGACACGUCCCGUGCAACCACGCCGACACCCAGCCAGCUCAACCACCAUACAAGCUCUCCCGCUCAGAGAAGUCUGCAGCGCUCAUAUGCGGCGAUUGAAGAACAACGCGAGCGUGACCGAUACGCUGCAUACCUGGACGAGCUGGACAGCGAAAAGUUACCCAAUGCGUUUGAUCUCGGCUGGAAGCGUAACGUCCGACAUGUAUUUGGCGAGAACCCCCUACUUUGGGGCUUGCCUCUCUGCAACACGAGCGGAGACGGUUGGCAAUGGGAGCUUAGCGAGAAGUGGCUACACUCGCGGGACGAGGUGGCAGGCCACCGCGCUCAGCGACAGCGCGAAGAUGCUGUCUGGGACGGCCAGCCACGCAGCUUCGAACCUCCGGCGACCAGGCGAGAUUUUAAAUGGACACCUGGGCAAGGCUUCGUAAAUCAAGCACAUAACGCCAUGCCACUCUUAAAUGGGCAUGUGCGAGGGACCGGUUCGCGUAGCGAGACGGAGCUGCAGAUGCAAUCGCUUGACCGGCGGAAGACGAAUGGUGAUGAUGUAGACGCGUAUGAUACGAGUAGUGACGAGGACGUGAAGCAGAUGUACUCGCAUCCUCAGAUUCAAGGUACGGGAAACUGGAAUGACGUUCCGGAUGAGUUCUUGUCGCCGAAGAGGUCGGGCGCGACCGGGCAGCGAAGCCAUAGUCGUGGGAGGCGGAAAGGAGACUGAUGACAUGACAAGACUGUAACAUAUCUGUAUCAUGACUGUAAUCGAGGUGUCGUAACAUCUGGAGCUCACUGAGGAAGCGCGCCGCCAACGCCACGCUAAGUCAAGAUCGUAAUACUGCUAAGAUCUGUACAAAUUCACGCCUCAUUAGAGCCUUGAGUCU